AUGAAGUGCUUUCCCAUGGAUGAUCCUUCCAUUUCCAUUCGAGUGAGUGCAUUACCAUUGAAAUUUUCAGGAACGAAUCAUCGAAGCGCAUGCGCAGAAGUGAUGAAGAAGAUCGAUCACAUGAAACCAUGGUUUGGUAUGGAACAAGAAUAUCUACUUCUCGAUAGGGACGGAUAUCCACUUGGAUGGCCGAAACACGGUUACCCAGCUCCACAAGGACCGUACUACUGUGGCGUUGGUGCGAACAAGGUGUUCGGAAGGGAAGUCGUGAACGCCCACUACCGUGCAUGUCUUCAUGCUGGACUACGACUCUUCGGAAUCAACGCCGAAGUGACACCGGGUCAGUGGGAAUUCCAAUUAGGCAAUUGUGAAGGCAUUUCUAUGGGUGAUGAAUUGUGGAUGGCUCGUUACCUUCUGCACCGCGUUGCUGAACAGUUCGGAGUGAGCGUGACGUUCCAUCCAAAACCUGCGGUGACAACGGGUGACUGGAACGGAGCUGGUUGCCAUUGCAACUUUUCGACCGAGGAAAUGCGUAACGAAGGUGGUCUAGCUAUAAUUGAGGCCGUGAGUGUAGUUUUCUUUCCUCUUAUAGCGCCAAUAAAUGCGGCUUACUGGCAGACACGAGACAAGCUCUUAUGA